AUGAAGAAUUCCGCGCCCGUCCUCGUCGCCUUCAUCGGCAUGGCUGCCGCGCAGACCACCACCAAAAUUGACGUCGUUGUGCCGUACAUGGGCAACUCAUCCUUCCACGCCUCGGUCCAGGAUGCCAAGCCUGCCGCCACCACGUACAUCCUGGGUUGCGAAGCAGACAUCGCCAAAGGCGGCUGCGUCGCGGACGAGAACUCCGUGAUGAACGGCACCUGGGACGGCCUCACCAUCAUCAAUGGCCCCAAGACCGUCGCGCUGCACCACACUUACAGUGACAAGGACCUGUCCAUCGGAUUCGAAGGCUCCAUCGAAGGGUCGACGAUGCGCGUUGUGGAAACCCAAACGCAGAGCGGCUCCACCGUGCGCAUGGGAGUGUGGAAUGUCGACACAGAGACUUUCACCGUCGCCCUCACGGUGACUGCUGGCCUGGACAAGCUGGCGGCGCAGGCGACGGCGGAGACAGGGGCUUCGGCGACGGGAUCCGGAGCAGCGCAGACUGGCGGGUCGGCGACGGGAUCGGCGAGUCCCACUUCCACGCCCAACGCGGCCGUGGCUCGGUUCGGCAAGGCGGACUUCUGGGUGGGCGUUGCUGGUAUUGGAGCCGUUGGGGCCUUGGUGUUGUAG